AAGAACUGCAAAGAUUUACUAUGCAUAAUUAUCUAUAACCCAAUGAUAGAAAUCUAACCUAGCUCUCCUAAUCAUCAGUGGACGAAAGUUUCCUAUGUAUAUGGCCAUGGAUUUCACUUUGAAGAAGAACACUUUCCAGUAAAAAGAGCAGUUGAUUUCAUUCUGUUUGUUGUCGCUGAUAGAAUAAUUGUUUGAUAACAUAUUUUGGUUCUUGCAACAGACCAUUAAUUUUGACAAUAUGCCGGGCUGGUACUACGAUAAAAGGGAGCUUCGAAAUACCCCAUCGGCUGCAGAUGGUAUUGACUAUAAAACAGAAAUGAGAUAUCGGAAGGAAGGUGCGCGGUUCAUAAUCGACACUGGAAUGAAAAUGGAUUUGGGUUACAAUACGACGGCAACAGGAGUUGUAUAUUUUCACAGAUUUUAUAUGUUCCAUUCAUUUAAGCAAUUUCCCAGAUAUGUAACUGCUUGUUGCUGUCUUUUCUUAGCUGGAAAAGUUGAAGAAACGCCAAAGAAAUGUAAAGAUAUCAUCAAAAUUGCAAGAAAUUUACUAACAGAUCAAAAAUAUGCAACAUUUGGAGAAGAUCCCAAAGAGGAAGUUAUGACGUUAGAGAGAAUUUUAUUGCAAACAAUCAAAUUUGAUUUACAAGUGGAACAUCCUUAUAGUUAUUUAUUGAAAUAUGCAAAAUGCCUGAAAGGUGAUAAAACAAAAUUGCAAAAAAUGGUACAGAUGGCCUGGACAUUUGUCAAUGAUAGUUUAUGUACCACACUGUCCUUACAGUGGGAACCAGAAAUUAUUGCAGUAGCAUUAAUGUAUCUGGCCGGAAAAUUAAGCAAAUUUGAAGUUGUUGACUGGGUUGGCAGAAAUACAAAACAUUUAAGAUGGUGGGAUAUGUUUGUGGAAGAUGUGACAAUGGAUUUGCUGGAGGAUAUUUGUCAUCAGGUUUUGGAUUUAUAUUCCCAACCAGCUGCAAAAUGUCCAUCUGACAGCCCUCCACCUUUUACAAGCAAAACUAACUCUCCUACAUCUGGAAACAAUAGAUCCUUAAAUGGCAGUGAAAAAACGCCUACAUCACCCGAGCAGCCACCACCGCCAGUAAAUACCAAAAUCAUGCCUCCAUCAGAUAUACCUCAAUUUCCCUACCAAACAUUUACCCAUGCUCCUCCACCAAUAGCUUCUUAUGGUUCUGUGGCAUUUUCCAAUCCUGUUAAUACUGCAACUGCCCCGCCCCACUUAACAGGACCUCCGCCUGGUCCUCCACCACAUAUUCCUGCUCCUCCUCCCACUGCUUUUCCGCCACCUUCGUUUCCCCAUGCGCCGCCAUUUCCACCUGUAGUACCCAAUGCUCCGCCGCCAUUUUACAGCAAUGGUCCUCCACCAAGUCAACCACACAGACCAUAUUAUCCACCGUCAUAGAAAAAUGAGCAAAAAUUUCGGGAUGGAAUUUUUUGUGCUUGUUCACUUUAAGGAUUCAAUUUUUGUAUAUACUUAAUAUUCCCUAAUAAAAAUUUUAUAUAAGACAUGCC